AUGAUGGUGCAAAGAAUGUCCAUGUUAGGGUUCUUGUUCUUGCUAAUCAUCGGAAUCUUCGAAUUCGACGCAGUUUAUAGUUACAAUCGGCCACCACCUCGUCAAACACUCUUUGUUCCAAAUGCGGAUCAGGACUCGCAGAUGCCACAACAGGUACACAUAUCUCAAGUGGGCCAAAACAAGAUGAGGAUAUCAUGGAUCACAAAGAGCCCAACUUCAGCAAAGGUUUGGUUCGGCCCAUCUCCUUCUGCAAAUGCAUUAUCUGCCACAGGGACCACCUCUUCCUACCGUUAUGUGCUGUACAAGUCCGGUGAAAUCCAUGACGUGGUAAUUGGUCCCCUCAACCCUAACUCCAUCUACUACUACCGUUUGGGUGACCCUCCCUCUUCUCAAACAUACAACUUCAAGACUCCUCCUUCUCAACUUCCCAUUAAGUUUGCAGUAGUUGGAGAUCUUGGACAAACGGGUUGGACCAGGUCGACCUUGGAUCAUGUGGAUAAGUCAAACUACGACAUGCUGCUUCUACCCGGUGAUCUAUCCUACGCAGACGUGAUUCAAAAUCUGUGGGACUCAUUUGGUGGAUUGGUUGAACCAUUAGCUAGCCAGCGUCCUUGGAUGGUCACCCAAGGCAACCAUGAAGUUGAAAAAAUUCCAGUCAUUCACCAAACGCCAUUCACAGCAUACAACUCUAGAUGGCAUAUGCCCUUUGAAGAAAGUGGAUCAAACUCUAACCUCUACUAUUCUUUCGAUGUGGCUGGUGUUCAUGUCAUCAUGCUUGGCUCCUACACCCAAUUUGACUCGUCUUCUCCGCAAUACAGUUGGCUUCAAAGUGACUUGCGAAAGGUUAACAGGAGAAACACUCCCUGGAUACUGGUGCUCAUUCACGCCCCUUGGUACAACUCCAACACCGCUCAUCAGGGUGAGCCUGAAUCCGUUCAAAUGAAAGCUUCCAUGGAAGAUUUGCUCUACCAAGCCCGUGUUGAUGUUGUUUUUGCGGGCCAUGUUCAUGCUUAUGAACGCUUUACACGGGUUUAUAAAGACAAACCUAACAAUUGUGCUCCAGUGCAUAUCACAAUCGGAGAUGGGGGUAACCGUGAAGGCCUUGCGACCAGGUACAGAAAUCCUAUGCCAUCCAUAUCAAUGUUCAGGGAGGCUAGCUUUGGACACGGUGUAUUGGAAGUAGUGAAUGCAUCUCAUGCUCAAUGGACCUGGCACAGGAACGAUAACGAUGAAGCCAUUGUUAGUGAUUCUAUCUGGCUCACAAGUUUAUCCUCCAAUCCUUCUUGUAAACAGUGA